AUGGCUGCCUCGAAAUCCAAUCUUAGGAGCUCUUGUUCCUUCCCAAAUAUUCUCCUCUCAUGUUUGAAUUUCACUCUCUUCAUACUCUCUGUCACUUCUCUAGUUCCUACUAUCCUCCUCAGGAUGCCCCCAACGUCAAUGGGCAUGGCAUUCCUGAUGAUUUCUGGCAUCUCAAUUCUCUCCUCCUUUGUAGGCUUCUACUCUCAGCUCACCCACCUCUGCUUCAUAACCCAUGUUUCACUUCUCCUUGCCUCACUGAUCGGACAAUUGCUUGGCAUAUUGGCCUUGUUUACCAAAGAGCGUUCUACCAUUUCAAUGCUCAAGUCGCCCCGGGACCCAAAAGAGGCCAAGCUUUUGGUGAGGUUGGAAUGUGGGGUUCUGAUGGCAAUGUUGAUGAUGCAGAUGGUAGUACUGGUGUUGAGCUGUGUGGUGCAGAGCUGCUGGGUGAGAGAGUAUGAGGGGUUGGAAGCUGAGAGAGAGGCCAUGACAAAGAAGAGGAACCGGCGAAUCGCUAAAGUUCAAGAAGAAUCCAUUGAAAAUGCUGCAAAGAUAGCUGAGGUCAAGGCCAAGGAUUUGGAUGAGAAGAUGAAGAACAAGUAUGGACAGUGGGUGAAGACUAGUGAGUUUGAAGGCUAG